CUUACAUCUACUUCUUUCGGGUGCGUCCACUCGUUCUUGAGACAUUUCCCCCAAGAUCCAAUGUAAAUAAUGCCUCUUCACCGUCGUUUCACCGCGCGAAACGCACUCAUCGCUCUCCUUGUCUGGCUGUUCCUCGCCCUGCUCUUCCACCUCAAAGCAGAGCUAUGGCCGUCCCCAGUGGAACCCUCGCUCACCUCCCUCGAGCCUUCGAAUGAUGACCACCGAGAACCUAUCCCGCACGAUAAUGGUGGGAAUAAGGCAGGCGAAACUCCUGCGGUCGCAAAGCGUCGAACGGCUGUGGUUGUCGCCAGCCAACAGUUGGAGGACGCCACGUGGCUAGACGAGUACUUUCCACGGUGGGAGAAGAAUAUAUAUAGGGUUGAUGAUAAGAGUGCGCCGCUAACUGUACCUAAGAAUAAAGGACGGGAAAGCAUGGUCUAUUUAACCUUCAUCAUAGACAAUUUCGACAAACUGCCAGACAACAUAUUGUUCCUCCACCCGAAUCGAUACCAGUGGCAUAACGACGACCCUGACUACGAUGGGCUUCCCAUGCUCAGGCACUUCCAGAUCCCAUACCUUGAGAAGGAAGGAUAUGUGAACAUUCGAUGUGCGUGGUCCCUAGGGUGCCCUUCCGAGAUCAAGCCUAUCGCCGAGGAGGGCGAGCAUCGCGCGGCUGUACACGCUGGAGGGGACUACAAGCAGGGCUAUGAGGCCCUGUUUCCUGGAAAGCAAGUCCCUAGCAAUGUUGGUGUAAGCUGCUGUGCGCAGUUCGCAGCGACUAAGGAAAAGGUGUUGGAAAGACCAAAGAGCGACUAUGUGCGCUACAGGGAAUGGUUGGUGGAUACGCCCUUGGACGACAGCAUCAGCGGGCGAAUUUUCGAAUACAGCUGGCAUAUGAUAUUUGGGAAAGAACCCGUUCAUUGCCCCACAGCCAAAGAAUGUUAUUGCAAGGUAUUUGGAUUUUGCUAUUUAGAGUGCCAGGAGGACGGAAACUGCGCUGGACGCUAUGAGCUGCCCCGAUUUUCAACACUACCAAACGGAUGGCCAUUUAUAGGUUGGAAAGGAGAAGAGCGCAAUCGGUCUGCGCCAGAAGAAUAAUAUCUGCCGCAUGCUUCCACUAUAGUGUCUCAUGCCAUCAAUCUUUGAGAACACGUCACUAUU